AUGAAAGAAUUAUUCUCCGUGCUUUUCAAUGAUGAGAAUAUUUGUUUGCAUGUACUAACGUUUCUUGAUAUGUGUUCAAUAUGUUCGGUUCAUAGGGUCAAUAAGCAGUUACAUCAUUUACUGGAGAGUACAGUUGGAGAUCGAUGCAUCUAUGGAUUAAGAGUUUAUCAAAUUGCUUGCAAAAUUACUAGUUAUUCAUCGGAAUUCAAAGAACAAAGAGUGAUGAUGAAUGAAAUUUCAUUUUUGAAUCGUUUUGACUGGGGUCAUAAAGUGCUGCAUCAAAAAGAAUUGAAUUUUCAAUCAAAAUCAUCAAUAACCAAUAGCUCUACUAUAUUCAGACGUUUCUACAAGGACAGAAACAACUUUACGUUAUUCAAGGAAAUAUUGAAAGAGUUUUACUUCUUCCCAUUUCAUAGGAUUGGGUUCAAAUCGGAAGCUUAUACUUCAUAUAAAGUCAAACAUGAAGAAUUAUUCAUUGAAAGAUGGAGACCGUGUAAAUUGAUAGAGCAAGUUCUCGCACUAGUUGGAGACUCUAUUCAAGAUGUAAUAGUGGAAUUUCAACAUUAUCUUAUGAUGUACACUAAAAGCCAUUGGAGCGUUUCAAACACAGAUGUAAAGAAAUUGAGUGUGACAUUGGAAUUAUAUGAAUCAAACAGAACAGCGUCUAUUGAAGUACAUGAUAUUUCAGACUCGACUUUGUUAUUUCACUUUCUAGAUAAAUUUUCUGCAUUGAAGAAGAUGCAUGAUGCGGAGAAAGCGAGCCAUAUUUUCAUUUACAGAGGGAAUGUUAAGCCUUCUAGUAUCAUAGCACAAUAUGACAUGAAGACGCCCACAAAAUGUGAUGAUAUAUUUGUUAAGGCUCUAUCUUCAGUUCAAGUUACUGCAACUGUAGGAGGAUUCAAAAAACAAAUUGAAAAACAUAUGAAAAUCGAGUUAAGUGAAAUGAGAGAGGAAUUGUUGGGAUGUGAUGCUUGUCAAGUGUACGAGUGGGAAGACGGCGCUUCCGCUUACAACGCUCGUCAGCAAGUAUUUGUCAUUUGUCCUAAUCGCUGUGACGCCCUGAUGUUUAUGUAUUACGAAAAACAUAUUACCUAUUGA